AUCACAAGUGAAAAUAUGUUGUAGGUCAUUAAUCGGUUUGAAUUAUGAGAAGCAAAAAAAGGUAAAUUUUAGCGUCGAUUACACAAAAGGGUGAGAGAGAGAGAUGCAGAGGCAGAGAGAUAGAGAGCGCGCGCAGUUUUUAGCUGAAAAGUUUGGAGGGAAAACUCCCGCCAUCCAUCCGCUGCAAAAUUUGAAAAGAGCCUUAUCUCCUCCCGACGCCUGCUGUCCAGCCACACAAGGCGCAAUCCCCCCUCCCCUCCUCGGCUCCGGUUAGAUCAGACCAAAUCGACCUCCACAUGUCAUGGCGGAUCUCGGUCCUCCGGCUCCAAGUUCAAGCAUGGUGCCUCCUUCCGCGCCGACCCCAUCGAGAACCUUGCCCCCAAGCUGCGUGGCGCCAAUUCCACGCUCGCCUGCACCGACCUCGUCGCCCCGAGCUCACGGCCUUCGGUGCAGGGGAUGCCGCUGCACUCGCCAGCCUCGUAUUUGGACUCAAGCAGCGGCCGCGCAGCAGCUCGAUGCCGUGGCCUCCAACGUCCGCAACACCAUGCCCAGUCCCAACUGUACAAGAUUGAAGAUUCCAAGCUGCAGUGCAGUGCUAGCUGGUCUGAUCUACUUCCUGUUGCAUUGGUCCGGUUUCCAAGUCCAAGAAUCCAAGGUCCCAAGCUCUGAGAAUGUCAGAGGACAUGGCUUGGAACUGUGGAUAUUUUGCUAAUCCAAAUAAUUUGGAUGUGCCCAAGCACAAGAUAUGCGGGAGGGAAAUCAGAGGGGGUUUGCAAUUUGUCUUGAGGCAAGUGCAUCUGUAUGACUUGGAAGCUGCAAGGCAUGGAACUCCAGAAGGUGGAGAACCCAAAUCUGCAUACGAGAGUUUUGGAGAGUUAUUAUCAACGAUGUCCGAUUUAAGCAAUUUUGUGGAGAAUUUUGGUUUCUGUGUGUAGCACUCAAUUUGAUUAAUACUAGUUGACAUGAACAGAUUUGGAAUAGAAUAAUUGUUGCUUUACGGUGGAUAUGAUUUUGGAUAUUGAAAUGCAAUAUUUUUUUUGUUCAAUAGAUAUGUUUCCUUGGCGGUUGGCAGCCAAUGAAACUCAUAUUACUUGGUGAGUGAGGACAGUCAAGGAAACUAAUUUACUUGGCUGUUAGCGGCAGUCAAGGAAACUACUUUACUUGGCGGCCAGUGACAGCCAAGCAAAACAAUUUGCUUGACGGCUAUUGGCAGCCAUGGAAACUAAUUUGCUUGGCGGCUGAGACAUUUCCUUGGCGCUUUAGCCAUUUUUCCAUUUCCAUAGAUUUCUUGGCGGGCAAACCGCCAAGUAAAUAAUUCCUGGCGGUUGGCCGCCAAGUUAAUGGAAUUUCCUUGGCGUUCUACUCUUGGCGGACUUUGCUUGGCGGCCGGCCGUCAAGGAUCAUUUUCUUGGCGGUUUUGGCAUUUUCCUUGGCGGUAUUUGGCCACCAAGGCAAUUAUGGUUUGGGGUAGUGCUUGCUUUGCCUUGCCUUCCUGACGGCGACGCUUCAUGCCGUGAGUGAGUAUUUGUACCAUGCAUGAAUAGGAAGCAUGCCGUGAGUAUUUAUAUUUAGAUCAUACCGUGAAUGAGUAUUUGUACCAUGCAUGAACAACCUUUUAGAUCAUGCCGUGACUUAGCUUGUUUCUUUUUUCUAUUUUUAGAUCAUGCCGAUCAAGUAGUCCAACCGAAGCAUGACUAUUCUGAUAAUGUUAGACAACAAGUGUACCAAGCACUUUUGAUGAGAAGCAAGAAUGGGCGUCUAGGUAAGCACGAUACAGCAAUUGUUUCUGAGCAAUUUGGAGUAAAGAUUAGAACAGUGCAGCGCAUAUGGAAGAGAGGUAAAAACCAACUUGCUCAAAAUAUUCCGGUCAAGGUUCCUAAUUUAAAGAAAGGUAGAAGUGGCCGUCCAGCAAUCCCUAUUGAUUUGGAAAAUUUGAGGAACAUUCCUCUCCAACAAAGAAUGACCCUAGAAGAUGUCUCUAGUAGACUUGGUAUUAGCAAGACUAAGAUACAUAGGUAUUUGAAACAGGGUCUGCUUAGGCACCAUUCUAGUAGUGUCAAACCUUACCUCACGGAGGCUAACAAGAAGACUAGAUUGAAGUGGUGCAUUGACAUGAUUGACCAAAGUUUGCUUGAUGAUCCAAAGUUCAAGGAUUUGUUUGACAUUGUGUUUAUUGAUGAGAAGUGGUUCUAUAUCUAUCAAAAAUCAGAGAGGUACUACUUGCUACCCGAUGAAGAUGAACCACAUCGUAUUUGCAAGAACAAGAACUACAUUCCUAGGAUCAUGUUUUUGUGUGUUGUUGCUCGGCCAAGAUUUAGAGAUGGAGUAUGUGUGUUUGAUGGCAAAAUAGGUUGUUUUCCACUUGUUACUAUUGAGCAUGCUAUUAGAGACAGUCCUUAUCGGCUGCGUGGUGAGGAAGUAAUCAAGCCAAUCCAAUCAAUCACAAGGGAUAUCAUAAGGGAUUUCAUGAUAAAUAAGGUGUUGCUGGCAAUUAGAGCAAAGUGGCCAAGAGAAGAUGUGCACAAGCCAAUAUUCAUACAACAAGAUAAUGCUCCUACUCAUUUGAAAGUGGAUGAUCCUCAGUUUUGUGAGUGUACUAAGCAAGAUGGCUUUGACAUUCGGCUUAUAUGUCAACCGGCCAAUUCUCCAGAUUUUAACGUUCUAGAUUUGGGUUUUUUUCGAGCUAUCCACGCGAUUCAGUACAAGAAAAAUGCUAAGACAUUGAAAGAACUAAUUCCAGCAGUGCAUGAGGCAUUCUUGGAGUACAGUCCAUGGAAAUCAAACAGGAUAUUUGUAACAUUACAAACUGUGUUGAAGGAAGCAAUGAAGGUUAAAGGUUGCAAUAAUAUAAAGAUUCCUCACUUGCAGAAGCAAAGACUAGAGAGGGAAGAUAGUCUGCCAUUGCAAAUCCCUUGUGAAGCUUCAUUGCUAGCUGAAUCCAUAAGUAGUCUCCCUGCAAAUUAGAAGAUGCAAAUUAGUUUAUGCAAAUUAGAAGAUUGCUAGCCGAAUGCUUACUGUUCAAAUGCAUGUACCUUACUGUUUGCUUGCUUCAUCUUUGCUUGCUUCACCUUCUUUGUUGGCCUUUGCACUUUUUCUUGCUUGAUUCAUCUCGUCCAACUUCUGAACAACUUGUUCAGGGAGAAUGAUGGUGUUACCCUCCAAUUGAAGUUCCUCCACAACAGGAAUGUAGAACUUACAAUCAAAAUUUUCCAUGCCAUCGAGAACUUGUGUGACGAGGUCGUAAUCUUCAUGUAAAAGGCCACAACAGGCACACCUGCGAGCGUUGC